AUGACUUCCUUUUGCGAUAUCUUUUGUCCUCUGCUGUCUCUAUUCAAUGUCGAGGUCGUUAUUCCCGAAGCCCCCUUGAAGCAUCAAGAUGCCUUCAUCUGGCAGCCUGACGACGCUAUAACAGUUGGUCAAACAUCAGCGCUAUUCUCCCACCAUCAACUGGAGUUCUGGCCUAACGACUGUGCUGCUUCAUUGGCGCCCAUUUUUGUUGCCAUCUACUUGAACGUCCUUCGUCUUGAUAUCCACGUGAUUCAUACACCUCAGUCUACUACGCUGCGCAUGGUGCGCAUUUCGUCCUCUCGCUAUCUAUGUGUUCGCCUGCUCAAGCAACACCUCGCACCUCUCCUUUACUCGUCGAAACGCGGGGACCACAGUGCGGCCGAACGGCAGGCACCCGUCACGUACCUUGGCGUUAACCCGGUCCUCUGUAUUUACGACUAUUCGGAAUUCAGAUCUGAAGAAACUGACAGCGAGAUCGCUACAAUGCACCCGCAGGCUAGCGGUAUACCCACGGGGCCCCGCGACAAUGGCCUACGGACUGCUAUGGGUACGCUCCAGACUUGGCAGUGCCUUCGAGGUCGUGCCGAAGCUGUUCUCGCGCCCGGCAGCGGCCCUCUUACGAACAGCUCAGAGUCCGACCACGAUCACCCAAACAUCAUCGGACUGGUGAGACGCGCGGUCGCCAAUCGCCACGGCCUUUCCGCGCACGUAAUGGGCGCAGCGCUCGCUCGGGAUGAUUAUCAUAAUCGCCCGACGACUUCUAGCGCCAGCCCGCACGUUGCUGAUCCAUGCUAG